GAAGCGUAUAUUGGACUGUCGUACGAGUUCCCCGAAGGCGUCACGAGGACGUCGUUGACUGCGUAGUAUUUGAUGUAGGGAGUGGUCGCGUACAUUUGGCGGCUCCUGGAUUGUAAUAUCGAGAAGCCAUGACCGCCAACUUCGUCAGUCCAUGUAUAAGGUUUUUCAGCACGCCAUGAGAGCUCACUUGCAGUACUUAUUUCCGUGAUACACUGGUUGACGCGGUCCUGUCAGCUAUAUAGCCAAUCACUAAAGACCAACGGAAGAACAAGCGUGCGACGAAAUAAAUACGAAGAGGCUUCUGAGUUCAGCAUUCACCUUCUCGGCGUUUCUCCAAGAUGGCUUUGAACACUACGCAACUACGGGUCACCGUUGCUGCCGCUCCGCCAUGGGUACAGCCGGAAUACAAAGGGGAAAAGCUCCACGUGGCCGGCAUAUUUGGCCACAUCCUGCAAGCACUCGCUGACUUCGUUCCUUUCAGCUUCCACGUCACGUACGACCCACAGCGUUCGUUCGGCACUCGCCUCGACAACGGCAGUUACACCGGCAUAAUCGGACUCCUGCAGACCGGGGAGGUUGACCUGGCCGCUUCCUCGGUCUUCUUGCAGUCUGACCGCGCAGAGGUGGUGACGUACGCACCCGUCAUGUACACCAGCCACUGCGCGCUGAUCGCUGUCGCCGGAAAGCCUUCUGUCAACGCGUUCGGAUACCUGCUUGUCUUCGAUUGGCAGGCGUGGGUAGUGAUUGUCGCCAUGGUUCCGCUGAUGUCCGCGGGUCUCGCUUACGUCGAAAGACGGCGGCCACGAAACAGAGACAGCUUCUUCCGAGAGGCGUACGACAACGUCUGGGACAUACUCUGCUCUUUCGCCUACAAAGGGCACACGGCUCACACGGACAGCUACGCCGGCCGGCUACUCCUGUCGUUCUGGUGGCUGGCGGUGCUGGUGCUAACGAACGAAUUCGCUGGCCACCUGAUGGCCAGCAUUGCCAUCAAGAGCGAGCCACCGCGAUUCCGAUCAGUAGAAGACGUCGCGUACCAGACGUCGAUACGACCGCUCAUCUGGAAGGACACGGCGUUUGAUGCCUACGUGCGGACGUCGGAAAAGCCCUCACUGCGCGCAUUGACCAGCCUGGCUCUUCGCCAAGACGGAUUCGUGCCCCUGUCCGAGCUGUACUCCCAAGGCUCCCUAGAGCAGCUGUACAGUGGACGCGCUGUCUUAAUCAACGACCGCGACGGGAGCAUGCACAUGCUUGCUAAACACUGCCGCCUCACCGGAGGACGGCUGUACGUGGCUCCGGAGCUGCUCUUCACGUCUUUCAGCACUAUGGCGUACUCCAAGCGGCUGCCAGCGGAACUGCAGAAGAGGAUUCAAGCGAAAAUGAGGGCCAUCAUGGAGUCUGGACUUCGCCUCGAGUGGUACAACGAGGGAGUGAAGGAGUGGCACCGCUGCCGGGACAUGCAACGGUCCGGCGCCUCCAAAGCCGGCGUGCUGUCUUUCGAGGAACUGAGCUACGACGACAUGGCGGCCAUAUUCUUCCUGUGGGGCAUCAUGGCGACAUUCGCUCUCGUCGUCUUUCUGUUGGAGAUGUGUUUCUACACCAUGAUGACGCAACACAAUUGUGUGCUCCCACGCAUCGCACCCAGACGUCAAUCGCACCGGCAUCCAGCACAUCAUCUUUCGCACGCAUUCAAGAAGUCAUGGCUGAUUAUUAAUAAAGACCGCACUUGA